CGCCCCUCGUGUCACAUGACCGGAAACGAUGGAGGCGGCCAAGAUGGCGUCUCCCAAGAGCGCCCCUAAAGACGCGCAGGUGAUGGCGCAGAUCCUCAAGGACAUGGGCAUCACCGAGUACGAGCCGCGCGUCAUCAACCAGAUGCUGGAGUUCGCCUACAGAUACGUCACCACCAUCCUGGAGGACGCCAAGAUCUACUCGAGCCACGCCAAGAAGUCGAGCGUGGACGCGGACGACGUGCGGCUGGCGAUCCAGUGCCGCACCGACCAGUCCUUCACAUCGCCCCCGCCCCGCGACUUCCUGCUGGACAUUGCCCGCCAGAAGAACCAGACGCCGCUGCCGCUGAUCAAGCCGUACUCGGGCCCGCGGCUGCCGCCCGACAGGUACUGCCUGACUGCCCCCAACUACCGCCUGAAAUCCCUGCAGAAGAAGGUCUCCUCCACAGCAGGCAGGAUCACAGUCCCUCGCCUGAGCGUGGGCGCCGUGAGCAGCAGGCCCAGCACUCCCACUCUGGGUACCCCCUCAGCCCAGACUGUGUCGGUGUCAGCCAAGGUGGGCGCGCCAGUGUCGCUGGCGGGGCAGCGCUUCACGGUCCAGAUCCCGUCCUCACAGCCUGCUGGGAAAUCAGCCACUCCCACCACUCCCACGGUGCAGAACGUCCUGAUCAACCCCUCCCUGAUCGGCCCCAAGAACAUCCUGAUCACCACCAACAUGGUCCCGCCCGGCGCCGCAGACCCCAACCCGCUCAAGAGGAAGCACGAGGAGGACGACGACUACGACGCCUUGUGAGGGCCCUCAGCCCUUCCCUGGGAUCCAGGGAGCCUUUCCAUGGGAUUCAUGGAGCUUUUCCUGGGGGAUUCAUGGAGCCCUUCCAUGGGAUUCAUGGAGCUUUUUCUGUGGGAUUCAUGGAGCCCUUCCAUGG